CUUCUUUAUAGCCCCCAGUUAAAACUUGAAUUUCAAUAUAAUUUUGUGCAAACAAGAAAUACUCAAAAUAUUCAAAUUUCAAAAUUUCUCUUGUCUCAUUUGGUUUAAGUGCCGUCGCGCGUGAGCACAUAAAAUAAAAUUUGUGAGCCAAUUUAAUAGGCCACCAAGUCGCAAAUCUUGAAAACCAUAAAUAUUUACCCAGUGUUAAGAUCAAACGAAAUAUUUUCCCGGCCAAUUACCAAAUUGAUAAGGUGCUACCGUUUUUAUGUGAGAAAAUUGUUACCAAACAGGCAGAAAAAUAAAAUAAUCGAAACUUAUUCGCACUUUAGUGUCAUUUAACGCGUUAUCAAGCGAACGAUUUGCAUUUUGGUGGAUUUGUCCAUAUCAACAUAACUGAAUGAUGAAAGCCACAGCGUGGUUUUGCCCGGUGCUAUUGACUUUACUCAGCGCCACGAGGCUCGUUUGUACCGCACAGCGGGGUGCGGCGACAACAGCAGCGGGUGGUGGUGGUGCUGGUGAUGCUGGUGGUGCAGGCGGUGGCUCAACACCAGCAGCAGCAGCAGCUGGCGGCGCGGGCUAUGCCAGCGGAUAUCCGCUGGACUAUCUGGAUGCACAGGCCGUACAGGCUGAGUACUCACUGGUGAAGCGAAAUAAACCGUCGCUGUCCAUUGUCAAUCCGUUGGAUGUGCUGCGCCAGCGGCUGCUGCUGGAAAUAGCGCGCAGACAGAUGAAGGAGAACACACGGCAGGUUGAGUUGAAUCGGGCCAUACUGAAGAACGUGGGUAAACGUGUGUUUCUGGAGCCGGUGACUUGGGGCAACAGCCGCUACCAACAGCAGCAACAGCAACAGCAGCAGCAAUUGGAGCGACAGCGUGAGCUGCUCCGUCGCGAGGAGCUGCAGCAGCAGCAUUUCCCCAGUCAACUCUGGAGCUACGGCUGGCCGCAGUCCGACUCCGGCUCUGUCGCCGGCUCUGUCGCUGGCAACGCAGCAGCCUCUCCCGUCUCCUCCUCGGCGAUAGCUGCCUCACGGUUUUUUGAUUUUCUACAGCCACCGGCAAAACAGCAGCAGCUGCUCGACGAUGCCAACAAAUCCCUAAACGCCGGCGCCCUCGGCCAGGGCAUGGCCAAACAUCAGCAGCCAAACGGAAAUGAAAUUGCAAACGAAACAAAUCAUUUAAAUGGCAAUCGCAAAAGCGCAACAAGCCUUCUGGCUGGCAUGGAGGAGGAGCAAGAGGAUAACGGCGAGGACCAAGACGAAAUGUUGGAUGAGCUUAACUUGAACUGGGCCAACGAGCAGCCGAUGGAUGAUAUGGACAGAACCCUAGAAGCAGCAAAUGCAAAUGGACGGCUACCCUGGCGUCUAAUCUAUCGCAUGCACAAAAAUCCACACUUUGCUAAUUAAGUGACAGCAGCUAAAGAUACAGAUACAAAUGCAGAUGUAGACGCAGAUACAGAUACAGAUACAUACACAAAUACAGAUACACAACGAACACAGACAGACACUGUUACAGAUACAGCAAACAGUUUUAGAGUUUAACUAGAUGUUAGUAGUUGCUAAAUUGACGGUUCCUAAUGGCUGGCUAUAAGACAGGCAUAUUGUGUGUGCAACCCUCCGAUAAAGAAAUCCUCCCUCCCCCCCUAAACGACCUGUUGCUAAAUGCACUCAAAGCUCACACUCACACUCACACUCACUAUUUGAAUUUCGUCUCGGUAUUUGUGACUAAAUGGUUUAUGUAACGAUUCAUGCUACCUCUUUCUCAGAUGCUCUACUUAAACAAAAUAUAUAAAAUCCACAUGAAACGAACGUUCCCUUUACUCAACGUAAUUAUACUCAACAAUUGUA